UGUCGGUCGGGAAGUAUAUAAAGGUCAAAGGCGAUCUCGACAUUCCAAAGAUGAGCACCUUUGAAUCGAUCAACAAUCCAAUCUAUGAUCUGAAAGAGUACGAAAAGACUUUAGAGUCAUACGAGAAGGACGAAUAUUCUUAUCUAGGCCAGUAUUAUACCAAGAACUUCUUUUUAAAUACUAGGUUAGCACCCGCGCAUCCUUUACUUCAAUAUGCAUCACCCACAAAUCACCAACUGCCAAAAAUCAAGAAUAUUCAAUAUAAUACCAAAGUCGUAGAUUCAAUCAACAAGAAACGACAGAAUCCUUUGUCAAUCGACUCCGAAAUUUGCGUGAUCACGACAGAUGAGGGAAGAGCCUAUAGUGUCAAGGCUUGCGUCGUGGGUUGGAUGGUGGAUGUCAAUAUGCGACUUGCGCAAGAAUUUGAUCUGUUUCAACGAAAGCCAUUCACCGAAGGAUAUAUUGCGAUAAUAAAGCCAAAGAAAGAGAAAUCAUUAGAUCAUUGCUUGACCGAAGAACAAUAUAAAAUUCAAAGAAAGUUA